UUUCUUGUUUAUAAAACGUCACUAUGAUGUCAUUCUUACAGACAUAAAGAAAAUUUUGCAGAAAACAGGGCAGUUCCCAUCGAUAAAAAGUGUUUUUUUUUACAUUAUUUGUCUUAUCUAGUUCCUGUAAAUAAAGUGAAUCAUCCUGCUUUCGGCAGAAAUUGUAGUGAUUCAACACACUUAACGUGGUUGCAAUGGAUAACAUCAAUUCCCAGUUGGCACAUCUUUCGCUGAGGUCAGCGAAUGACCCUCAAAAACAGCAACAGGCUCAAGGCCAGAACAACACGGGCCCUCUUCCGGAUAGUGGCCCAAAUGGAGUAAUCGUUCCUGGGAUGGUCAUGAUGGGUAAGAAAGGACCAGCAGUUCCACCGAAACCGUCGAAAAAGCCGGCUCCGUCCACUGUUCCGCCGCAAGUACCGAAAAGUUCCCACGUCAAACAAUAUUGUGAACCAUCGUAUUCCACUUUGCUCCAAGGACAGGCAGGUCAUGGAGGUCUUGAGGAGCAUCCGUAUACUAACACCAAUUUCAGUGCCGGUGGGAUUGGAAAGAUGGGAGCCAGAAAAAUUACUUUGGAUAAUGCAGUUGAACUCCAGCAGCAAAAAGAAGCUCUGGAGCACCACAAACGGAUGAUGAAUGUUAAACCACAGAGAGGACAGGCAGAUGGAGCUGUGUAUGAAAAUACUGCCACCCGAUUUUACGAGGGAGAUGUAACCUACGCCAAUGUUUCCGGCGGGAAUAAAAAUGGCGAGGGGUUGAUUUACAGUAAUAUUGUUCACAACAAUGGGCGCAAGCCGUUUGCUCAGAGACAGAUUUCGGAUGAGCUUCCUCCUCCACCGGUUCAGGACAUGCAAGCUCCGUUAUCACUAAAUGAGCUAACACUCGAGGAUAAUGACGACGAGUUCCCUCCACCGCCAAGCCCAGUAAGUUCCUCUUACAGUGAAUUAAGACGAGCAACUGACCUGCCUCCAAUGGGACGUCAACCGCAACCUACAUAUAAUAUGGUUGGUCCUGGUGCUGGUGGACAAACGUACAGUAACAUCUCUCAGAAUAAUCAGAUUUAUGCCAACAAUAUGCAUCAUCAAUCGCUGUACGGUACCUAUGGAAUGGGUUCACAAGGAUCAACAACUUAUGAAUCAAUAUAUGAACCGAUCAAUCCUCGUCCCACCAGUCAAAUGUCCGGUAGGUCUAAUUAUUCUUUAUACACCCCUUACGUGAACUCUCGUGGCAUCAACAGUCCGAAUGAUAGCCUGAUUACUAGUGCAUCAAAUCAGCAUCAUAGAAGUCAUCCUCCAAAGGAAUCUGAAGUGGAUACGCUCACCGAUUUGCUUGUCCAGUCGAUGGAUAAUGUGUCUGAUCCGGAUACGUUUGGAACUUGUGUCAAAUGCGGCGAUCGCGUGAUUGGUGAAAAUAAUGGCUGCACUGCGAUGGAUCAAAUUUACCACAUAGCUUGCUUCACUUGCCAACAAUGUCAGAUUAAUCUUCAGGGCAAGCCUUUCUAUGCAUUAGAUGGAAAUCCAUACUGCGAGGAGGAUUAUUUGAACACAUUGGAGAAGUGUUCAGUCUGCUUGAAGCCGAUUCUGGAGCGUAUUCUUCGAGCCACUGGAAAGCCAUAUCACCCACAAUGCUUCACUUGUAUUGUUUGCGGUAAGUCACUGGAUGGAAUUCCGUUCACCGUUGAUGCUACCAACCAAAUUCACUGCAUCGAAGAUUUCCACAAAAAGUUCGCUCCCAGAUGUUGCGUUUGCAAUAACCCGAUAAUGCCAGAACCAGGCCAGGAUGAGACAAUUCGUGUGGUGGCACUGGAUCGUAGUUUCCACAUCAACUGCUACAAAUGCGAGGAUUGCGGACUGCUACUCUCGUCGGAAGCGGAAGGACGUGGUUGCUACCCGCUGGAUGAUCACAUAUACUGUAAAAGUUGCAACGCCAAGAGAGUUCAGGCUUUGACCAGCCACAUGACGACGGAACUGUAAGACAUCGUGCGGCGAUCAUCCUGGCAUGGUAGAAGGUGUCAUCACUGUCGUUUCUAGAUGCUAGAGAGGCAGCUUAAUCCACUAAAUAGCGAUUUCACAUUCGAAAGUGAAUUAGUCAUAUUGUCCGAUAAAUACCGAGAUAAGAGUUAACGUGGUAGACUCUGUUAGUUAAGAUCAAGCGAAAAAGAAAACGAUACUUCGUUGUUAUCAUUCCGGCUGUUGAUAUAGUUGUAGAUUGAUUGUGGUGGUAGAGAACUGCUCAACCAUUUUAUUCUAUCUAGUGGCUUAGUGGCACAAAUUAUUCUAUAUGAGCACAUCUAUAGACGUAACUUUUAAACUAUUCAGAUGCAUUUAAUAAUAUAGCUUAACAUUCCAAUUCAAUGGUACUGAUGUGCAAAAAACUACAUUCCACUACUUGUGUAUAUGAUGUCCGUGAAACGAAAUGAUAUAACAAAAAUUACAUGAUCGAUACAAUGAACAUUGCCAAUACAAAAUAAAGAUUCGAUUUUAGAUUUUUUUUUGGGAUAAUACGUAGAUAUCUAAUAGCUAUUGGAUUGCUACCAAUAAUCGAAGAAUCGAAACAUGUUCUUCUUACCAAUCCUAAACACGUGGUAGACUAAAUGUUCGUCGUGCUAAUAAGCGUAUGAAUACAAACAAAAUCAUGAACAUGUAAUUGCAGAAAGUAUGAUAAUCAAUAAAAUUGUAAAAAAAA